AUGAUCCGCCGCAAUUCCGACAUCGAAGUCAAGCUGCCAGAUGCGGCCGCAUCCCAAACAGCGGAUACUCCAGACGAGCAAGAUAUCGAGAUGCUAUCUGACGACCAAGGCCAGACUCUAUCAUUGCCCGCACAUAUCGCCGCUCGUUUCUACAGGAAAUCCGGCAGCGCCCGGCGCGCCUCUACCACGUCGUCCCGCCGCAGUUCCAUCUCAUCGUUGCACUCCCAUCAUUCGAAUGUUUCCGCCCAUGGCGGAUACCACAGUGAUCAUGUCGCCCAGCAUCUACGUCGGGCAUCGAUUAUCGAGAGUCGUAAAGCAAGACUUGCGGACAGGGCGGCACAUGCGGAGAAAGUAAGACUUCGUGCGGCCCUUGCGAAAGCGGCGAACCGGAACCUACAGAGGGAGGAGAGAGCGUUAGCGGCUCAGCAGGCCCGCGAGAGACUUCUAGCCGAAAUUACUGCCAAGUGCGAAGAGGAGGUGAGAAGGGCAAAGAAGAAGGCUGAGGACAAUCGGGAGAUGAAGGCUGCGAAGCAUGCCCGGCUGCGACUGGAGAUGGCCGCGAAGUUUGCUGAAGCCGAGAAAAGGCGACUCCUGUAUCAGCAGAGUCAGCGGCGGCACCGUACGAGUGGGUCGUCGAGUGCACAAGAGAAGAAGACGGCGAGAUCCGCCGUCAAGUCGCUGACUCGAGAGGCGGCCGCCAGAAUCAUCCAGAGAGCUUGGAGGAAUCAUCACACGCGAGUCGUCAUGAAAUCCUUCCGUUCUCUCAAUCUCUCUCUAGAGCGCGUUCAAGGCAUGACCUUUGAUGAAGUUGGUGCCCUUCUUUCGGAAGAAGUCGUCUUGAAUACCAUGGCCAAGGUCCUGCGACUCUGCGGGCUGCAGGACAUGGAAGGCGGUAGUAUGGGCGAACGAGGCGCUGUGCGGACGUUCCUGAGCAGUUUUUUGAUCUCGGCGCACCCUUCUCAAGUCCUUAACACCAACGGUGAACAGGAACAGGACUUGAUCGCCAAAGCGCGAGACUUGUUGACGUCUUUUGAACAAGUUACUGCUCAGCUGUCGGCUGGAUACUCAACCUCUGCCAUCACGAGUGAGCUCCAAGGUCUAUGUGAAGCCUACAGUGUUUUCUUCUCUGCAUUUCAUGCGUGGAAGGCACAUGACUCGACUGUGCUGAUUGAAAUCAUGUUGGCUCAGUUUGUCGAGCUCGAAUUGAUCUGGCAAGCCGUCAAAGACGAUCGCGAUGGUGGGGUUGUGGAUGAUUAUCAACAAGGCAUCCGGCAUAACCAAAUCCUUCUGCUGGCGAAAUUAAAGCGUCUCGCGGGCCCGGAUAAGGCCAUGGACAUGGUCAGGCAGGCUUUAAGGAAAGCUAAGCGGGAGAGAAAACGCUCAGCAUCUUCCAAGCAGGCCAUUCCUCGUUCAGCUGCAGUGCCGCCCUCCCCAUCAGCUGAAGCUCAUCCCGAGAGCGUCCCUUCGCCCAUCAGUGAGACGUUCAACAACGUUGACAGUGCCGUUCUCCAUGAAUUGGACAAGCAGAGGCUUUCUCCCCACGAGAGCUUCACCAAGGCGUUGACGGCCCUUCCUGAGAACCGCGUCUUGGUGCAUGAACUUCUCAUCAACAAAGAAUACAAAAUCGAACAGGCGGCGUACACAGAGCCACGGAAGCAAAUCAUGAAGCAUAUGUGUGACAUGAUGAGGAAAGAUGUCGAGGCCGGUCAUGGCACCAACUGGAUAGUGGCCAUGGCCACUGUUAUACAGGACCGGCUCUUACGAUCUCUAAGACCGGGGAAUUCGCUACAUGUCCUGAUCAGUGAAGUCCUCGAUCCAAAAUUGAUCGAAAAUCAAUGUAAAGCUGGCACAUUUUCCUACGAUGCCUUCUUUGACUUCAUGAGCACCAUUCUCCCCAAGCUUUGCGCUCCCUUCCGGGAUCCCGAGGUGAAAGCUUUUGCUGAAGAUAAAUCUGGCGACGCGAUCGAUCGUCUCGCCCGGUUGAUGGGCAUCAUUGACCUAUUAUCCUUAGAUCACACGAAUUUUAUGAUCCAUGUAGCUGCACCUCAGCUUAUCCAGGAAGCGCCAGGCUAUGAGCAGAGGACGUUCGAGAGAGGUCUUCAAGAUGGGUCGAUAAAGUUGGACAGAACCAGAAGAUUCUGGAGGACUAACAGAAACCUCCUUAUCGACGAGAUGAAGAGGCGAGAUCCUGAGAAUGGCAACGCCGAUCCCCAACCUCCAGCCGCAAAGAUCUACGCUCAGGGUCUUGUGGAUCUUGUUCUCAGCAAUGCUGCAGUUUCUGCCGAUCUCAUUCCAGAAACGCUCGAUCUGGAUCGUGAGCGCCUGGAGAGGCUGCACUUGAAGGCGUUCAAGGUCGUCGCAACCGCUUCAAUUCUCCUGACCGCAAAGAAUCUCCUUAAGCGAGACGUCCGGUCGCAGUGGAAAACCGAAGCUGAGCACAUAAUUUCCCUUAACUUCACCGACAUCAAAGCAGAACGCGUACAGUCGAUUAUCGAAUCAACCCAUCCUAUGCCCGCAGCGGCGAGGUCACAGCUCUCUGCGACCAUUAGACGCGUUCUGGCUCCUGUUGCUACCGCGUCAGCCGCAGCUGAGGCCUCGGCGACGCCCCAGACAUCUGUUGAAAUCAUCACCGGAACGUCACCGCCGACCUCUUCGGACAACUCCCAGGCGUCGACUUCGUCAGCUUCACAAAAUGAAACCAGUGCCACUCCCUCGAGUUUCAGUGACCCUGUCGCACGGUUGAUACUAUCGCGUCUCCGUGCGCAUGUCCUGACUCGUCUCAGCGCCUCUAGCGCGAGCGAAAGAGUGCGUGCUACCACAACGGCCAGCCAGAGUUUGGCCGCGGCAGGCAUGCCGGAAUUUGUGAGUGAGGUUGGAAAAUUGGUUGACGAACUGGGAAAGGUCAGGGAAGUUGACUGGCUCUGUCAUGGGGUGUUUUACGAGCGCAUCUGGAACGAAGAAAUGCCUCAAAGACAGGAAUAA